AUGUCACCCACUCAAUCAUCAUCAUCAUCGGUGGUUUACCACCCACGAUCGGUUCCUGGGGAGCUUUCCUCGCAACCUCAAAACCAGCCUGGUGGCUACAACCCGCUGUCCCCCGACUUCUUCUGGGACACAGCAUACACCUUUCCCGCCCCCGUGGCACCUACACCCCCAGUUACGGUCAUCAAAGCCACCUCUCAACUCGCAACCUACCGUGCGCAGCCCGCUAAAGGCGCUGUAUUCGGUAGUGCACGGGCACCACCGCCCGCGAACCCUUGGGGCGGCAAUGUCUUCGCCAGGAUCAAGGCUGAUGAUGAGGUUGUGAGGGAGCGGGCGAAGGAGGAGAGUGAGAGGGAGGGGGGAGGAUUCCGUCCGAAGAUGACGCAGACGUGGAAGGCUGGGGGUGGGAAGAAGGUGGUUGUUGAGGUUUUUGAGGAGAAGAAGUGA